AUGGGCGACAUUGCAGCAACUAAGUUAGAUCACGAGAAUCACCUUCUCCUCGACCAACCUCUCCUCCGCCUUCCUAUCGAGCUUCUGCGGAAGAACUUCCGGUCCGCCCACUUCGAAGUCGAAAAAGAUGGCACAUAUAUCAAGAACACGCUAAAGGAGACGGCGACAGCAUGCGUGAACGGGGGCGCUUCGCAGGCCGACGUGCUCAAGAACCUCGACACGAUGAUCGCCCGGAUGCGCGGCGUCAAGCGGAAACUAACCGCCUUUGCCGACGAAGAGCAGCGGCUUCACCGCCACGAGGAGGCCCGCGUCCGCCACCUCAAUGAGCUGUACGCCAUGUACGGCGUCGACGAUGUCAAGUACGAAGCCUGGAGCCGCACCCGGCUCGACCGCCUUCUGGUCGAUUACCUCCUGCGCCACGGCUAUAACCAGAGCGCGAGGGCUCUCGCUCAGGAGAAGGGCAUCGAGCCGCUCGUAGACCUCGAUACUUUUGAGCAGAUGAGCCGGAUCCGGAAGUGCAUCCUGAAUCGGAGCGUCACGGAGGCGUUGGCGUGGUGUACGGCGGGAGAUACGAAGAAGGAACUUCGAAAGAUGGACAGUAACCUAGAAUUCAUGCUCCGCUUCCAGCAAUACAUCGAGCUAGUCCGGGACCACUCCACCAAACCCACCGACAUCCUCUCCUACGCGCGCAAGUUCCUUCUCCCCUACCAGCACACCUACAAGAAAGAAGUCAUGCAAGCCUGCGGCAUGCUAGCCGUGCGUCCCAGCGCCGAAACCAACGUCUACGCGGAGCUAUACUCGCCGGAUCGAUGGGAAAUGCUCGCCAACCUAUUUACAUCGACGCACAACGCACUACUCUCGCUCCCGUCCGUCCCGCUCCUACACGUCGCGCUAAGCUCCGGGCUCUCCGCUCUGAAGACACCAGCCUGCCACUCCUCGCACCCAUCCUCCGCCGCCGGCCCCCCCUCCCACUCGACCUCUCUAUCCCUAGCCUCCAGUGUCUGCCCCAUCUGCAGCACUGAGCUAAACGAGCUAGCCCGCGGUGUGCCGUACGCCUUCCAUAGUAAGAGCCACGUCGAGCCCGAUCUGCUCCUGCUGCCCAACGGCCGCGCCUACGGCAAAGCCCGCCUCGACGAGUACGCCCGCAAGGCCGGGUUGCUCGACGACCAGGUGAAAGACCUGCGCACCGGAGAGGUGUUCGGAAACGACCGCUUGAAGAAGGUGUAUAUUACAUAA